AUGAAGUUUGGCCAGAGACAGUUGUUAAGGCCUGAAAUGGUGCAAGACAUGAAGGAAAAGAUUGCACUUAUCCGAAAAAGUAUGCUCAUCGCUCAAAGUCGACAGAAAAGCUAUGCAGAUAAGCAUCACCACAAACUCGAGUUUGCAGUUGGUGACCUUGUGUACCUCAAGGUGUCGCCAAUGCGGGGUGUAUGGUGUUUUGGCAACAAGGGCAAGUUCAGUCCAAGUUUGGCGGGCGUUCACGACGUUUUUCACAUCUCUCAACUGCAUAAAUGCGUUCACGAUCCUUCACAUGUGAUUAACUACGAGCCUCUUGAUAUUCAGCCCAAUCUGACAUAUGAAGAGUUGCCUGUUCAAGUAUUGGAUCGCAAGGAACAGUAG